AUGUCGUCCUCGCCCGUCAUCGAUGAGGCCCGCCGCAUCGCCGAACUGUUUGAAUACCCCACGGAAGAUGUCCAUCGCGGUGUUAAGGAGUUCAUACGGCAGAUGGACGAAGGCCUGGAGCAAGACGGAGCUACAUUGCGCCAGAUUCUGUCGUAUGUAACUGCAGUACCCGAUGGGACGGAAAAGGGCGUCUAUCUAGCGGUAGAUCUAGGAGGGACCAACUUCCGCGUCUGUUGCGUAGACCUACACGGAGACUCAACCUUCUCCAUCUCACAAUCAAAGGUCGCGAUCCCACCAGAGCUCAUGGUGACGAGGCAUGGGAGGGAGCUCUUUUCGUUCCUGGCGCUGCAGAUUGAAGAGUUCCUCAGGACACAUCUAUCAGACCACUUCGCGGCGCACGUCGAGCGGAGACAGACCGGCGAAGUCAUUGACCCGUAUGUCGACGAACAAAUUUUCGACAUGGGCUUCACCUUCAGCUUCCCCGUCGACCAACAGGGAAUCAACAAGGGCAAACUAAUCCGCUGGACGAAAGGUUUCGACAUCGACGAGGUGAUCGGGCAGGACGUUUGCAAACUGCUACAGGACGCCAUAGACCAGCGCCAGCUGCCCGUGCGCGUCGCGGCACUGGUCAACGACACCGUCGGCACGCUGAUGGCGCGAUCGUACUGCUCCGGCCAGCACAGCAAGGCGUUGAUAGGCGCCAUCUUCGGCACUGGCACCAACGGCGCCUACGUCGAGAAGCUCGCGCGCAUCACGAAGAUGGACAAGGUCAACCCAGACACGCAAUACGACCGCACUACCGGCGAGAUGGUCAUUAAUGUCGAGUGGGGCAGUUUCGACAACCACCUCUCCGUUCUGCCCAACACGCGCUUCGACGCCGCCCUGGACGCCCACAGCGUCAACCCGGGAAUCCAGAUGUUCGAGAAGCGCGUCUCGGGCAUGUUCCUCGGCGAGAUCCUGCGCCGCGCCCUGCUGGCCAUGAGCGAGGAUCCGGCCGUCAGCCUCUUCCGCACAACAAACGACCGCGCUGCUAUGACCAUCCCGCCGGACUCCGGCUUAUACCGCGCCUGGGGCAUCGACACCAGCUUCCUAAGUACCGUCAAGGCAGACGAGCUCCCAAACCUCGACGCGACGCGCGCGCAGCUGAAACAGGAACUCCAAAUCGACAACGCCAGCACCGAUGACUGUCGGGCGGUAAAGAUCCUAGUACACGCGAUCGGCAAGCGGGCAGCGCGGCUGAGCGCCGUCGCGCUCGCUGCAGUUAUUAUUUCCACGGGGAAAUUGCGGGAGGGUCCCGAUGUGCUGGCGGACAUCGGGGUCGAUGGCAGCGUUGUGGAGCAUUAUCCUGGCUUUGAGGAGUAUAUGCGUCAGGCGUUUAGGGAGAUUGCGGAAAUUGGGGAGGAAGGGGAGAAGAGAAUUACGUUGGGGGUUGCGAAGGAUGGGAGUGGAGUUGGGGCGGCACUUGGGGCGCUUGUGGCGAGGGAGGUAGCGAGGAGGGGCUAG